AGAGUGAACGACCGGUAAAUACGAAAGGGGGAGAGAAACGCUAAGCUGCUAACUUGAUGAAAUCAGAAUAAACGGACUCGGUCGAGACUCGAGAUGGCAUCCAACUUCCGCUUCCCGAUUCUUCCCAUCGAUGAGCUGAUAGCCUGGCUGCGUGUGGAGCUGCAGCUUGAAGAUCUGAACCUCACUGAGGAGGACUUCAAGAACCCACAGCCGCAUCGAGUGCAGAUUCUCUAUCGCAGAAUUCUGGAGUCAGAAAUGAACAUUCGUCAGGAGAAGAUCAUUCAGCCUCACUUUGAAGCCGUCCAGCAGAUUUCUUACCCAGAAUUUUUCGAUGAAAAUAUCUCGCUCAUCAACUUGGCCAUGGUCAUGGCUCGUUUCAUGACAGCAUGUGAUGUACACGACUUCAAGUUGAAGGAUCUCACCUGUCCAAAGCCCAAGCGUACCAUGCGCAUGGUGAGCGCAGUAGCUAACUUCUGCCGGUUCAAGACGGCACGUCUGGAGACCUACGAGAGAAUCCGAGCUGAUGUGGAUAGCGUGAAGGAGCAGCAUGAUCACUACCUGAGACGCAUCGAUGAGCUGAAAUCCCAAAUAAACACCAUCAAGGCUAACCAAGCCGAGAAAGAAGUGUUCGUCAAAGAGAUGUCUGCCAAGGUUGACGAGCUUGGGACGACAAUGAAUGGCUACAAAGCGGAACAGGCCUCGCUACAGCAGGGCAUCCAUCAGAUCAAGACCAGCUGCUCAGAGAAAACGGCAAGAUUGGAGCAACUGAAGCUCAAUGCCCUCAAGGCCCGGGAAGCCUGCAACAAGCUCCGCCCCCAAAUCAUCCAGUCCCCCGAGCGGAUCAAGACGGACAUGGCCCGCAUGCACAAUGCCAUCGCGGCUGGGAAGAAGGCUACAGAGGAGAAAGGUCAGAGGUUACGGGAGCUGAGCAGCCAGAAGGAGAAUAUGUUGGAGCGUUGUGAGGCAGGGGAGCAAGGAGUCAAGCUGCUGACGGCCAUUAACACGGAACUGGAAAAACAAAAGGAUGCCAAGGGUGAAGUUGAGAAGGUCCGCGAUCACAUCCUGAGCCAGAAGGACGCCCUGAGAGACCUGACCGCUAAAGAGGCUCAGCUGAACAGACAGCUGGAAUCUAAACAAGACAAGGUGGCUAAGGUUCAGCUCCAGCAUCAACGGAGCAAGGAAGACAUCCGAGAAGCCAUCACAGCCAUGGAAAGUAAUCUUGCAAGUUGUUCACAGAAGCAGCAGAAGAAGAUGGAUCAGAUCUCUGCUAUAGAAGACAAGAAAACCCAAGUCAGACAACAGUUGGCCGAAGCUAAGAAUGUUCACGACGAUAAGAUGAACACUGCCAGAGCCAACUACUCAGAGAUGCUACAAAGUAUUGAUGUAUACCACAAGGAUUUGAUAGAAGCGUUUGAGGCGGCUAAUCCCAUCACAAUACUCGGUGACCACUAGGCCUGCAACACACAGGGAGCUGAUGAGCUCAUUCCAAUAAAUCCCAAGUUUCAAGUACUUCCUGGGUUUUUUUUGUAAACAACUGGUCAUUUCAAACCCUAACUCUAAAAUUGAACACCUAAUAUUGCCAUAGUUUAAUAUGUUCUUCAGACCAUACAUCCAAACCGCUAUUACUGUAUACAGGAAGCUUAAUUGCCAACAAUUUGCCCAAGAUAUAUGGCAUUGGUGUAGCACAGUGAUUGAUUGUUAUUAUUUUGUAUUAAUUGAUGUAUUUUGCUAGCAUACAGCAGAGAUAAUGGAUGAUGCCAAGGAAGUUACUAGUAAACUUGUUUCUUUACCGUACCAACACGAAUGAAAAAUGACACAACUGUACAAGUUGACUGUAAUGGACAAAUGCAUGCCAUUUAAUGUCAGACAGUAAUAUCGUUUCAAAAUAUUUUAAAAAAUAGAUCUAUUCAGACAUGUUUCAGGUUAGUUUUAUUUCAAAUGUGGAUCUUUGAAAUAUGAUCCUUGAUCUUCAUGUGAUGAAAUCGUUAGAAUUUCAAAAAGUAAAUCUUAUUUACCCAGCACAUGUUUAUGGUGUUUCUACACAGCGUCAUAUUUCAAUACAAUAAAUAUAUUCUUAAAUCUUAUUACCUCAAGUAAAUUCAGUUUUGGAAAAAACUGUGUUCUUUUUACAUUGGGUUGAAACAAAUAUAUGAAAAUACUUACUUUCUUAGUUGUGUCCCAUCAGCAAUGAAAACUAAAUCAUAUUAUAACUGACAUUUUACUUCAAGCAAACUUGAUGCACAGUAAAGUUGGGCCAAGCAAGCUGUACACCAACUGUUCACAGUUGCAGCAGGAAUGGUGCGCGCAUAUUGGACUAGCACGAUACGUGGAGUACGGUAUGGACUGUGGUAUAAUGUAGCACAGUUGGUUGCCAUGGAUCGCCCAAUCAGGACAGAGGAUUCAAGUUUGCUUGGAAAUAAUUUUUACACGCCUUGGCUUUUGUUAGAAGUCUUACAUACAUUGUAUAAAUUGGUUGAUAAGUGACAUUGGAAUAUGGGCUGUUCUUCUGAAAAAGUUUGUUACUUUUUGCAUGCUACAAAUUAUUAUCAAUUAUUUACAUGACUUGAUAAAAAAUAGGGACGAUUAUUAUGUACUGUAUAUAACUAUCUUGUAAGGAAAGCAAAAUUUGGUGGAAAACUUGUCCCAAUUAACCAAAAUCCUGCGUGAGGAUUAUAAGUUUUGCUGAAACAGUGUCACUUUUAAAUAGAAAUGGCAAAAGUUUAAUUUGUCUGUUCCAAUUUUCAAAUUCUCUGGAUAACUCAAACCUUCACAGGGAAAACAAUGUAAAUAUUCUUUGUGGUAGUACAAAUGGUAGUAACGUACAUGUGCAUGUACAGUUAGUGUGUUGUAAAUAAAGAAUGCUUGGAAUAGCAUUGAGUUUAAUACAA